UGACGCAAGGAUCGGGAAGCAUGGCCGCCUGCGUGCGCCCCGGACUCACCCGAUCCAUGGCCGGGCCCGCCUGCGUGCGCCCCGGUCUCGCCCGCAUCUGGUUCGUCGCUCGCAGCUUCCUCCUUGUCGCGACCACCGCUCUGCCGUUCGCACUCUACCCGCUCCAGCAGCUCGCGCCUCUCUGGCCGAUGCCGCUGCUAGGGCUGGUCGCCGCUUGCAUUCCCGGCGCCGGCGCUCCCGUCGCGGGAGGCAUCAUCUUCCUUCCAAUGCUCCGCAUGAUGCACGUGUGCCCUCGCGACGCGGUCGCCUUCUCGACCGCCACGCAGUUCAUCGGCGUCGGCGUGCUCACGCCUCUCACCUGGCUCGUCACCGACCCAUCCACGUUUUGCCUCUCCACUCUCCCGCUCUGCGCACCUCCCGCGCUACUCGGCCUCCUGCUCGCGCUUUACCCGCUCACGCUCCCGUCCGACGAGGUCGUCAUCUACAUCUUCACAACCUUCUGCGCCGCCCUCGCCGUCUACACCACCCACGGCCUUCUCACUUCGCGUCUGCAGACGGACAGCCCCUCCUGUGGAGCGGCCGGAGGCGCGGCCAACACGUGGCGCGAGCGCGCGGACCUCACCGUCUCCGAAGCGGCGGCGAGUUCGGUCGUGGCGCCGCCGCCGCCGCCGCCGUCGCCGCCGCCGUCGCCGCCGCCGGCCAGCAAGAAGGGGCUCGAGCGGCCGCUCACGGACCACGUAGAGCUCGUGCGCGCGUGGCGGCGCGGGUGCGUCGAGGACCAGCUGGGGCGGGUGGAGGUGUUCCGCUCCAAGGGCGAUGCGCGAGGCGCGGGAGAAGGCGACGUGGAAGGGGGCGAUGUGGAGGCGGGCGCUGUGGAGGCGGGCUCGCCAGCGGCGCCUCACCUCGGCGCAUCUCGGCUCAUCUCGGGCGGUCGCGGGGGCAGGUGCCGAAGCUGCUCGCCUGCGACGGCUCGGCCGCCGCCGCACGACGCGCCGCCCGCGCCGCACGCGCCCGGCGUGUGCUCGUGGCGUGGGCGUCCAUGCUCCCAGGAGGGCUGCUGACGGGCUACAUCGGCAUCUCAGUGGAGAAGGUCCUGUUCGUGCUGCUCGCUUCGGGCGCCCUCGGCAGGCGCGAGCACGUGCGCAGCGCGGCCAUCACCUCGGUUACCUUUGUCGGCUGGCUCUCGGGCGUCUCGCUCGCCGUGCGCGCCAGCCGCGCAGGCACCGCCUCGCCCGACGCUCGCGACUACGUCGGCGAGGUGCCAUGGCGGCUGGUCGCCACGGCGCUGCCGGGUGUGGUGUUGGGUGUGCAAUGCGCCCGCUGUGGACGGCCGCCUGCCUUGAAGGUUGCAUCACGGCGGACGCGCCGGGUGAGUAGGCACGAUGCUCGGCCCGCGCGUGAACCGGCGCGCCUCCCAACCUGCCGCAUGAUAUGAACACAGUGCCCCUACAUACAAUAAUCAUGACAGGCUGCUCGGCCCGCGCAACGUGAUGGUCGGAUUCGUGCUCUUCCUGCUGGCCGACGUGGCCCGCGCGCUGCUCGAGCUCGCUGGUGCGCUGCCGCCGCUGACGUGCGUGCCCACGGCGGGCGCAGUCCAGGUGUGAGGGGAGAGGCGUCCCGCUGUCCCGCGCGGCCCGUGUUCUGUCCAACGUUUGAUUUUUUUUGCGUUUUGGCGAAAAACAGUUUUGGCGAAAAACACGACACUACUACU